CGUCAAGGAGUGCAACGUGUCAGACACAACAACAACUAAAACUGUAAUAUUAUUUUAGAAACUUCGAAAUAAUCAAAAUUUCCCCCUUAAAGUUCGGUGAAAACAUUCUAAAAAGAAAAGAUGCUGUCAUCAUUUUGUUUGCUGCUGCUUCUUUAUAGUGUGGUCACUGGUGAAGCACCAGACCCUAAAGGCUACAUACUAUAUUGUCCUUGCAUGGGUCGGUUCGGCAACCAGGCGGAUCAUUUCCUGGGCUCCCUUGCGUUUGCAAAAGCUGUUGAUAGGACACUGGUAUUGCCUCCAUGGGUGGAAUACAACUUUCCUGCACCUAGAUCUGUUCAAGUGCCCUUUGACACGUAUUUCAAAGUAAAGCCUCUGUUGGAAUAUCACAGAGUUAUGACCAUGGAAGAGUUCAUGAAGAAGCUUGCACCUGAAAUCUGGCCUGCAGGGAAUAGAACAGUGUUCUGCUUCCAAGCCCGCACAUAUGGAGAGAAACCGAACGACUGCAACGCCAAGGAAGGCAACCCCUUCGGUCCGUUCUGGGACACAUUCAAUAUCGACUUUGAUGGGUCAGAGUUCUACCAGCCUCUCUACCACGACAAUUCCAACCUUCAUGAUAUGGAAAGGUGGAAAACGAGGUACCCAGCUGAUAAAAAUCCUGUGAUUGCAUUCACUGGUGCCCCAGCGCAGUUUCCCGUCCAGCAGAACAACGUGGGCUUGCAUAGGUACUUGGAGUGGUCUGAGGGCAUUGUGAAACUGAGAGACGAGUUUAUACGGGACGUCAUUGGGAAUGAGAAGUUCCUGGGAAUACAUUUGAGAAUUGGGUCGGAUUUUGAGAAUGCCUGCAAGCACAUCAGUGAGAGCCCCAUGAUGUUUGGGGCAGCCCAAUGUCUGGGGUAUCGCAUGGAGCAUGGUCGACCUUCCAGAGAGAUGUGCAUCCAGUCCGAGUCAACCAUCUAUAGAGAUGUAGGGAAAGUGCUGAAAGAAAAAGGUUUUAAGCACGUGUUUGUAGCCACUGACAGCACUGAUCUUAUAGCUAAGCUGUCUAAAAAGUUCAAAAAGGUGUCAUUUGUUAAGUACUCUCCUGCUCAUCCACAUGUAGAUCUUGCUGUUCUUGGGGCCGCAGACCACUUUAUUGGAAACUGCAUUUCAACCUUUACAGCCUUUGUGAAACGAGAAAGAGACGUCAAUAAUAAACCUUCGUCUUUCUGGGAUUUUCCUCCACAAAAACAUGAUGAAUUGUAAAAUUUCAAAUGCAAAAACUUGUUAUUUAUACCAUAUGGGAUUUGUGAUUUUUAUGCCCCGGUACAGGAGGUAUAAAGUGCUUGGCAAAGCUGUUAUCCUGUAUGUCUGCCUGUACAAGAUUAAAGCUAAGUGACAAGUUUUAUAAAACAUCAAUACUGCUUGCUGCAAAGCGUUGAUAUGGAUGUUAUACCUGAGCAUUCUCCAUAGACCCACAUUCCCUUACCACAUUUUGACUUUUAUAUUAUCGCAAAAUGAUGCUUUGCAUCUAACACUAAUAAUGCCUCUUACAAAUGGUGUAUACUGGAUGGUGCCUUAGAAUACUUUUAAUGCACCAACAUCUCCUAACCUCACGUACACAGAAGGUCCAAAUUCUUGGAUGACACAAAAUCAUGCAUUCCAUCUUAUAUCAAUACUGCUUGAAACAAAGCUUUGAUUUUCACAUGGAUGUGAACUAUGAACACUCUAAAUUAACCCACAUUAUCAUUAUCACAUUGACCUGAAUUUUGACUAACACGUAUGAAUAUGGACCAACAAAUUGAUACUGAUGAUGUUUCAAGUGGAGACAUCAAAGUUUUUGAACUCGCUAUAUUUUUAAAUGUAAAACUUGAUUAAAAAAAUGAGAAACAAAAUAAUGGACAUUGUGUUAAGAGAUAAAUGCAUAACUCUUUUUGUCUUACUGUCUUUCUUAUUAUAGUUUUGAUGCAUUUAGAUGAGCUUUUGCCAGGCACGUACCAGUAAAUAAUAAUAAAUGAACUGUAUACAUGUACAAUAGAACUUUGUAUGACAAAGAUGAGCUUAAAGGUCAAAACAUUCCAUCAAAUUUUCACAAAGAGAUUAUUAUUUUGUAGCAAUAUAUAUUAAUGUUUAAUGUUUGUGCAUGUAUCGCAAAUGUAUUGUACUAAAACGUAUAUUUUUUUAUUUGUGAACAAACUCAUUGAUAUAUUUAUCUUUAAGCAUUUGAUGAAGGGACCUUUUCACAUAGUAAUAAUUUUUUGUUAUGUCUUCUUUUCGCAUAUUCUAGAAAUAAAAUAUUGUUUUUUAGGUAAAAAAUAAUACUACGGACACAAAAAUUGAUUUUAAAAACAGGUUUAUUAAUAAACAAUCAAUAUUUUGGGAAAAUUAUAAAGUAUUUUAUAUGAAAUUAUGUGAAUAUCUCUGUUGUUUUCGUAAAACUUCACAGGGAUUUCUUUCAUGGUGCGGUCAUAAAAGUACCAGCCAGAAUAGGCACAUUGUUGAAGUGUGGGAUCGAUUUGAUCAGUUCUUUUCAAGUUCUUUUGCUUCUGUAUUACACAUGAACAUUUUAGUUCCUAUACUUCUUUAGCAAAUUUACAAAAUAACACAAAAAUGUGAUCAAGCCUCUUUAACCCUUUUGCUUGCUGGGAAAUUUGUCUUCUGCUAAAAUGUCGUCUGCUGAAUUUCUAAAAUUAGCAUUUUCUUCGUUUUUUUUCAAAGAAUACUAUCAGAAUAGCAAACAGUUUGGAUCCUGAUGAGACACCACGUUCUGUGGCGUCUCAUCUGGAUCCAAACUGUUUGCAAAAGGCCUUCAAAAUUCGGUUCCCGCACUGAAAGGGUUAAAAUUAUGUGUGCUAAUGUGUUUUUAUAUAAUUAUGCAUUUAUACACUAUUACAUUGCCUUGUAAACUGUAUGCAUGCACAAGUCACAUGUUUUUAUCGUUAAUCCAUAGUUUGUUUAAGUCUAAGUGUGCUUUUAUAUAUUAUAUAUUUAUAGUUUACCUGUUGCCAUGUUCAAACCAUUAUUAUAAACGAUGUGAGUGUUGUUCAGAAAGCAGAAUGUUUGACAAAUAUAUUGAAUUUAAUACAAUUUUUUUCUUAAAAACAAUAUAUAAUUAUUUUUGUCCAUUGUUGCAUUACAAACAACUUCAUAUAAUCCAGAUCAUGCAAAUUAAGGCUGAUAGUAAAAAUAUUAAAAUGUCUUACAAACAAAUUGGUGAUUUUACACACAGUCUCUGGCACGAUAUUGCAUGUUUUACCAAGUGUUGAAUGUGAUUCCUACCUUAACAGAUGUGUCUGGCAGGUCCAUCCAAGGUUUGCCAGAGUAAUCUCAUUAUAACGUCUUUGUUUCCUUUAUUUGGAAUGAGAGAUUUUGAAUUAUUGUUUGUACUUGUUGUUUAAGUGUUUUAAGAAUAUAUGGGAUAUUCGUCUUAAUAAAAUUUGGGACCAUG